AUGAGAGGGCUCUCCCUCCCUUUCCUGGCCCUCACUGGGCUCCUCUCCCGAGUCUCAGCACUCGGCCAAUCCUCCCCGGUGACAACAGAAUCAGGCUCAAGUUCCAGUGGACUACUGAAACUAGCAGGCGGAGGAGUCAAUGGCCAAAUCCUACUCAGCGCCGAUGACUGGUGGGGAGUUCUCCGCGCAGCGCAGGAUCUAGCGGGGGAUUUUGGGAAGAUUACUGGGAAGAACUUGACGUUGGGGAAUUGGGUUGGGGCAGGUGGUGGGAAUGGGACUGGGAAUGGGACGAAAACCGCGAGUAGGGGAGGUUUGGAAAGAGGGCUGGAUUUGAGUGAGAGGAGUGAGGUUGAGAAGAGGGAAUGGAGCGCGCCUCCUAUGGGGAAGAGUGUCCCUACCGUUGCGCCGUCGUGGGAGAGUAAACAUCGGAGUCCGCCGAAGAGUGGAGAUCAUGAGGCUGUGGCUAAAGAUGCAAAGGCGGAAGGGACGACGGUCUACUAUACAUAUCAGCCUGUGACGAGCUUUGUGAACUACACCCUCGGCCCCUCACAAAACUUCACCGGUCCCACCCUCCUCACCAAAUCCACUUCCAAGACCGUCAUAAUCGCCGGCACAAUCUCCAAAUCCUCACUGAUCGACUCUCUCAUCUCAUCCGGCAAGUUAGACGUAUCCCCAAUAAAGGGGAAAUGGGAGUCCUUCAUCAGCCAAGUCAUCACAUCACCUAUCCCAGGUGUCGAUAAAGCGUUGGUUAUUGCGGGGAGCGAUUUGAGAGGUACGGUGUAUGGGUUGUAUGAUGUGAGUGAGGGUAUGGGUGUGAGUCCGUGGUAUUGGUGGGCGGAUGUGCCGGUUAAGAGGAGGAGUGGUGUUUGGGCCAAGGAGGGGAGGAAGAUUCAGGGAGCGCCGAGCGUGAAAUAUAGGGGGAUUUUUAUUAACGAUGAGCAGCCGGGGUUGACGAAUUGGGCGAAUGAUAACUACGAGAGAGGCAAGUGGGGACCGGGCUUCAACCAUUACUAUCACCCGAGAGUGUUCGAGCUGUUGUUGAGAUUGAGAGCGAAUUACUUCUGGCCGGCUAUGUGGGGUUCUAUGUUCAACGUGGAUGAUACUGCGAACCAGCCGCUAGCUGACGCAUUCGGUAUUGUGAUGGGGAGUAGUCAUACUGAACCGAUGAUGCGAGCUACGAAUGAGUGGAACAACUUUGGAAAGCAGUAUGGUGGCAGUGGUGUGUGGGCUUACGAUUCGAACAAUGCCUCUAUCAAACCAUUCUUCAAAUACGGCGCUCAAAGAGCUGCUCCCUACGCAGCCAGCAGUCUCUUCACCGUCGCAAUGCGUGGUAGUCACGAUACCUCGAUUCCCCUAGUCGAUAGCGAAGCCGUCGUCGUUCUCGAGAACGUCGUCAAAGCACAGCGGGAGAUCCUCACUGAUGUCUUCCCCAACACAAACGUCAGUGAUAUCCCACAAAUGUGGUGUCUAUACAAGGAGGUGCAAAGUUACUACGAGCAACUUGGUUUGACGGUGCCAGAGGAUAUCACGCUCUUGUGGACGGAUGACAAUUUUGGGAAUAUUCGACGACUGCCGCUUGCGAAUGAGACCUCGAGGAGUGGCGGGGCGGGUGUGUAUUAUCAUGUUGAUUAUGUGGGGGACCCAAGGAGUUAUAAGUGGAUUAAUACAAUUCAGCUUUCCAAGACAGUCGAACAGAUGCAACUUGCGUAUGCCCGCCAAGCGGAUCGCAUUUGGAUUCUCAAUGUUGGAGACCUCAAAGCCCUCGAGAUUCCUAUUAACCACUUUUUGGACCUUGCUUAUGAUACUCCAAAGUGGGGAUAUGACAGCACGCCCACCUGGAUCAAGCUCUGGGCUACCCGCGAGUUCGGCGCUGAACGUUCUGAUGCUAUCUCUUCUAUCGUCGACCGUUAUGGAAUGUACGCCGCUCGAAGGAAGUAUGAACUUCUGGAUCCAAGCUUCUACAGUAUUCUCAAUUAUAACGAAGCCGAUGCCAUUCUAGCUCAGUGGGAGAAGUUGGCGGAUGAUGCACAGGGUGUAUAUGACGAUCUCGACAGAAGCGCCAAGCCAGCAUUCUAUGAGCUGGUGUUGCAACCUGUUUUAGGCGGGCAAACUGUCAAUCAGAUUUAUAUUUGGGCGGCGAAGAAUGCGCACUGGACUAUCCAGAAGAGGAACUCAGCGAAUGAUGCUGCGAUGGAUGUGCUGAAGGCCUUCAAGAAGGACGCGCAGCUUACGGCUAGGUAUCAUGAGUUGUUGGAUGGGAAGUGGAAUCAUAUUUUGGAUCAAACCCAUCUUGGCUACUCGGGAUACUGGCAACAACCGAUGCGCAAUACCGCACCCCCUCUAUCCUUUGUUCAGGAACUCGAGACUUCACUGGCAGGGAGUAUUGGUGUCGGCGUGGAAGCCAGCAACGCGACAGUAGCGGGUGACGAUGCGUACCAUGCAAACUCUGGAGGCACACUCGUCCUUCCACCUAUGGAUCCCUACGGUCCCAAGACUCGAUGGAUAGAUAUGUUCGCUCGUGGAGUUUCAGGCUGUCAAUGGACUCUGUCGCCAUGGUCACCCUACGUGCUCCUCUCUCAAAAGACUGGAUACGCCGGUGGCAAUAACGGAACUGAUACACGAGUCCACGUGUCCAUCGACUGGGCGAAGGCACCUGCAGCACCUAACACCACGACAGUUAACAUCAAUGUGACGUCCUCGUGCGGAAAAGGCUGGGGCAACUACAAUGCCCCCAUGAUCCAAGUCCCCGUCACCAAUGUCGCCGCACCAUCAGACUUCACAGGGUUCGUAGAAAGCGACAAACACAUCUCCAUCGAAGCAGAGCAUUCAUCUCGCAACACGGCCGUCAAAGGCGUCUCAUACAUCACUCUCCCAUCCCAUGGCCGCACUCUCUCAGGAGUGACUCUCAUGCCCGUCCUCGCACCCAGCCAACCAGCUGGGACAGGCCCCGUCCUCGAAUACGACAUCUACACCUUCACCAACACAUCCGUUGCCAACGUGACGCUGCUUCUCUCCCCCUCACUCAACCAAAACGGCGGAGACCGUCCCCUUAAAUACGGCAUUGCAUUCGACUCGGAAACACCCCAAGUCAAGCAGUUCGUCGGGAACUGGACAGGUGGUGGGUCGCCUCCAGGCUGGCUAGGCGCAGUGUCUGAUUCAGUGUGGGGGAUGACUGCGAGCGGGAAUACGACUACCACGAAGCAUGAUUUGAGUAAGACUGGGAAACACACGUUGAAGAUUUGGGCGGUGGAGCCGGGUGUGAUUUUCCAGAAGAUCAUCAUUGAUUUUGGCGGAGUGAGAGCGAGUUAUUUGGGGCCGCCGGAGAGUUUUAGGAGUGGUGUUGAUAAGGUUGGGACAUACAAAGGGGAGAACUUUGCGGGGGUGGAGGUUAGGGAUGUUGUUUCUACGGGGUAG